AUGGAUGUAAAUCCUGUUGCAAAAAUAAUCAGCCGGGCCUUUCAUCAACUUUCUAUCGAUUCAAAUAAUCUCCUCUUGUCUGGGAUAUUAGAUGUUGAAAAUAUAAUUGCAAAACAUUCGCUAAUUAGAGAAGAAUUGGAAAAAGAAGAUUUAUGGAAAACAGUGAAUAAGCAAUUUCAAUAUAUAACAUUAGACAAAAAAUUAUUCAAAUUUAUUAUAGAUAUACAACAAGAUCAAUCCGCAAAUAUUCCAGAAUGCGAAAGUCAAUCAUUAUUUUCUAAUACAAGGGAUUUGGUUAAGUCUAUGUUAAGGCUGUGGAGAAUUUCAGAAUAUACAAUACAAAGUUCUUCAAUAAAUAAAUCAACAUGGGAACACGAUAUAUUAGAUCCUAUAGUAAAAUACAUUACUUAUAAUUUAGAAGAAGAUAUCUUUAUGAGAUG